AUGAACUAUCUUUCAAACACAAACCCCAUAAUGUGGUUCCAAGUUAUUCUGGUGCUUUUAUCGUACUCCUCGGCUGAACCGCAGUUGGAUUUGCCGCCGAUUUCAAGCACGCAGCGCAACUAUGGAUACGGCUUCUCUAGCACUCCUGCGUCAAUAAACUCGCCUGGAAACCAGUACGAUGUGAACAGAAACUUCCAGUACAGUUCUGCAAGACCUGUAUCAUCUACUCAAGCAGGAGGAAUUUACCCAGUAUCUUCCACCCCAUAUAGUAUAAACCCUGAUAUCAGUAAUAAUGGGUACCCCAGUCUUGAUUAUGGAAAUGGGCGAAACCCCAGUUCGACUUCAAGACCGUACGAUGACAGGAAUCGAGAUGACUCGAUAGACAUAAAUAAUGAUCCUAACUUCAGGAAGAAUGAUCCUAACUUUGUUCGUAAUGAUCCUAAUUAUGUUGGAGCUAAUCCUUAUGAUUUUAACAGGGGUGUUGAUAGCAAUAAUAUAGAUGAAAGGCUGCAGCAUGUAAAUCUGCAACAGGUUAGAGAUUUCUUGGCACAGGCUGAUGAUCAGGCUUCGAAGGAGUGCACGAACAAUGUUGCAGCUCAGUGGAACUUCGAGACUGAUGUCAACGAUGCUACACAACAUGCUGCGUUGGACGCUCAGCAGCGCUACACACUAUUCCAACGUGGUCUCUGGGAGGCAGCUCAGCAGAUACCUCGAGGUGGUCUCCGGGACUACGCCACCUUCAGACAGCUGAGGCUACUCUCCAUCAUUGGACCGGCUGCCUUACCACCAGAUCAGCUAGAUAGAUACAACCGCAUCAUCAACGACAUGCUAGCAGUAUACAACACAGCAGAAGUAUGUGCCUACAACGAGCCCUUCAAAUGUGGUCUCCAUCUUCAACCAGAACUUCAAUUCAUCAUGUCCCACUCCAGGGAUUGGGACGAGCUCCAGCAUAUCUGGACUGAGUGGAGAAGGAACACUGGAAGACGGGUCAGGGAUCUGUAUGAACAGCUUGUGGAUCUCACUAACCAGGCUGCGAGGUUGAACAACUUCACAGAUGCCUCAGCCUACUGGAUGUUCCCUUACGAGACUAAUAACAUGAGGCAAGAAGUUGACGAAGUUUGGGAACAGAUCAAACCUCUAUACGAGUUACUCCACGCCUACGUGCGCCGUCGUCUCCGUGAGUCGUACGGUCCUGAGAGGAUCUCCCGUUCAGCUCCGAUCCCUGCCCACAUCUUAGGAGACAUGUGGGGACAGAGCUGGUCUGGCAUCGUGCCUUUCACCCUACCUUACCCUGGAAAGACCCUCGUGGAUGUUACCCCGGAGAUGGUGCAACAGGGCUACACACCACUAACAAUCUUCCAACUGGCUGAAGAGUUUUUCGUCUCCAUGAACAUGUCUGCCAUGCCUCACGACUUUUGGGCACUGAGCGCUCUCCAGCAACCCACUGACAGACAUAUACACUGCCAGCCAUCAGCCUGGGACUUUUGUAACCGACAUGAUUAUAGGAUCAAAAUGUGCACCCACGUGGAUAUGAAGGACCUGGUGACUGCUCAUCAUGAGAUGGCACACAUCGAGUACUUCUUGGCAUAUAGAAACUUGCCCAAGGUGUUCCGUGAUGGUGCUAACCCAGGUUUCCACGAAGCCAUCGGCGAAACAAUAGCUCUCUCAGUCUCCUCUCCUCGCCACCUUCAGACCUUGGGCCUGGUCCAACGUUCAGUGGACGACACGGCACACGACAUCAACUACCUCUUCACUCAAGCUAUGGACAAACUGGCCUUCUUGCCUUUCGCCCUGGUGAUGGACAAAUGGAGGUGGGAUGUCUUCACCGGAGAUGUCAGGAAGGAGCAGUACAAUUGCCAUUGGUGGAGACUAAGGGAGCAGUACCAAGGCAUCAAGCCUCCAGUACUCCGUUCUGAGCUGGACUUCGACCCCGGUUCCAAGUACCACAUUCCUGCAAACAUCCCGUACAUAAGGUAA